AUGACCACGGUGGCGCGCAUCCCAACCAUCUCACCAAUCUCAUGCAUCCACACAUUUCGUACCCAAUCCCCUCACUUACCAACAUCCAUCGCCACAGGACGGGUCGGGUCCGGGUUCUGGACUCCAAUUCGGGCUUCCACGGCCAGCAGCGAGAGAGGGGAGGUGCUGUUGGCAGCGCGCGGAGAGGACGACAAGCAACUGCAGAACGGAAUCGCCGAGUUCUACGACGAGUCCUCUGCCAUUUGGGAGGAUAUUUGGGGCGACCAUAUGCACCAUGGCUUCUACGACCCGGAUUCCACCGUUUCGGUUUCGGAUCAUCGCGCUGCUCAGAUCCGAAUGAUCGAAGAGUCGCUUCGUUUUGCAUCUGUUUCUGAGGAGCGUACGAAAUGGCCCAAGAGUAUAGUUGAUGUAGGGUGUGGCAUAGGGGGCAGCUCCAGGUACUUGGCCAAGAAAUUUGGGGCAAAUAGCGUUGGCAUCACUCUCAGUCCUGUUCAAGUUCAAAGAGCCAAUGAUCUUGCUGCAACUCAAGGAUUGGCUGACAAGGUUUCUUUUCAGGUUGCUGACGCUUUGGAGCAACCAUUCCCUGAUGAGCAGUUUGAUCUGGUGUGGUCCAUGGAGAGUGGAGAGCAUAUGCCUGACAAAACUAAGUUUGUUGGAGAGUUAGCUCGGGUAGCAGCACCUGGUGGCACCAUAAUAAUAGUAACAUGGUGCCACAGGGAUCUUGGCCCUGAUGAACAGUCCCUACAACCAUGGGAGCAAGAUCUACUGAAGAAGAUUUGUGAUGCAUAUUAUCUUCCAGCCUGGUGCUCAGCUGCUGAUUAUCUCAAAUUGCUCAAAUCUCAGUCACUUCAGGACAUAAAGUCAGAAGAUUGGUCUCGUUUUGUUGCUCCAUUUUGGCCAGCUGUGAUACGCUCAGCCAUGACAUGGAAGGGUCUCACUUCACUCUUGAGAAGUGGCCAAAAAACGAUAAAAGGAGCUUUUGCUAUGCCAUUGAUGAUAGAGGGAUACAAGAAGGAUCUAAUUAAGUUUGCGAUCAUUACGUGUAGAAAACCUGAAUAA